AUGCCUCCAUCCGCGCCUCACUUCGGCGGACUAUGGGAGGCCGGGGUUCGCAGUGUCAAGUAUCACCUUCGCAGAAUCGUCGGUUCGCACACUCUUACGUUCGAAGAGUUCACAACGAUUCUCUGCAACAUUGAGGCCUGCCUUAACUCACACCCUAUCGCGCCUCUCACCGAUUCCGUCGACGAUUGCGAUUCUCUGACGCCCGGUCAUUUCUUGAUCGGGUCCGCGAUUACGAUCGCGCCUGAACCCUCUGUACUGCAUCUACCUGAGAACCGCUUGACGCGCUGGCAACUUGUUCGCCAGCUCACAAAACGCUUCUGGAAAAUCUGGCAGCAGGACUACGUCAAUACCUUGCAACAGCGCGUCAAAUGGAAGCAAGUUUCGAAAAACGGAAUUCGCGUCGGGUCGCUGGUCCUGUUAUGCAAUUCUCUCCUUCCGCCUUGUAAAUGGGACUUAGCUCGCGUCAUCCGAUGUCACCCGGGUCCAGACGGUUUGAUUCGCGUCGCGACGGUGAAAACCGCGACAUCCGAAUAUACUCGGCCUAUUGUCAAAUUAUGCUUACUUCCGAUAGAUGUCGAAAGCCUGGACAACCUUACGUAA